ACAGAUACAUUCCUGCACAUGUCAAGGCAUUGGAGCAUAAGAAGACAGUUUUUAUUUCAUGUGGUGGCGAGCACACUGCAGUUCUCUCAAAGGAUGGAUUAGUCUGCACCUUUGGAUCUGGCUGCUACGGGCAGCUUGGCCACAAUUCCACCUGCAAUGAGCUGUUUCCACGUCUUGUGGCAGAGCUGUUUGGUGCACAAGUGACCCAGGUAGCGUGCGGAAGAUGGCACACUUUGGUUUAUGUCCCGGCACUUGGGGAAGUAUAUGCAUUUGGCUAUGGAGGAGAAGGGCAACUUGGAGAAGGAAGAAUAAGUGACCAGCUGGUUCCCCUUCCUCUUGAUCUGGCUGUUUGUAAUAAACACAUGAAGUACAGAAGUACCUUGGGCAAGGUAGUUAAAAUCAUUGCUGGAGACAACCAAAGUAUUGUGCUUCAUCUGGAAGAAAAGAAUGCAUACGCUAAUGUAAUGCAAACACUGGCCACAGUGGAGGAGGAAAAGUUUGCUAAGUGGUUGUCCAAUUCGGAUCCCAGCUGCUGGAAUAAUAUACAAUGGAAUAUUACAUUGAUCUUCUCAUCAUCAGCUUGCAUCAAUGGCAGUUUUCUACACCAGAGGGAGGAAAAAUUCAGAACAUUUGAGGAGACUGUUGGUGUUGAUAUGUCAGCUGUUCUUCUUUUCUUUGAGAAGAUUGCCAGUAAGCCUAAAGUCUUCACAAAGGUGAAAAAGGCUCUGAAGAGCCUUCUGGAUUGUCCCCUUUACUCUCCAACCUCGCCAGAAGCACUCAGGUUCUUCCUCAUUGUGCCUGUACUUUUACAAAAGCAAGAUUUCGAUUCGGAUCAUCUCCUUUGCCAACUGGCAGAAGCACUCUGGAACCUCCCACAACAAGGCAAGCAAGCCCUAGAGACUCUCUGGUCCAAUCUGGAAGUCAACUUCUUUAAGGAUCUGGUGUCCAUGUUUCAAAGGCUUAUUGGUGUUAAUAUAUUUUCGUAUUAUAACCACCACAGUAGUUCGUAUUUAAAGAAAAAUGACUACACUACACUUCUUAAGGUCUUCCAAAUGCUUUAUCAGGUAAAUUGCAGGUCUGACUUCAAAAUUCAGGAAAGUAAUUUUUAUGUACCCGAAGUAAGCAAAAUUCUUUUAAAUUGGAAUGACUUCGCAUUUUCCUACUGUUUCAAUUUACUGUGGGACCCAACAUAUUCUGAUAUAAGGCUGGCUUUAUCAGAGUUCUGCAACUUUCCUUUGAUAUUGAAUCUUAAAGAUAAAAUUCUGAUGCAUCAAGUAAAGUGUACACUAUUGCACCAGAAAUACACAGAGAAAAACAUUGUAACCUCUACAAUGACGAUAAGGAGGCAAUAUCUAUUACAGGAUACCUGGCACUAUCUAAGAAGUGCAGAAGAAAGUUGCUUUCAGCAUUUUUUUAGAGUGCAUUUUGAAGGAGAACCUGGGACCAAGUAUGGGGGCCUGAUCCAGGAAUUCUUCACAAUUAUCAGCAGACAACUGUGUAGUUCAGAAGCACAAGUAUUCAAGCACUUUGAAGACUCGAAUUGUAUUUGGUUCUCUUAUGAGGUAUCAACCCAGGAUGACAUAUAUUUUUUAAUUGGGAACCUGUUUGGAAUAGCGCUCUACAAUCGGAAGAUAAUUGCUUUGCCCUUUCCUCUUGCGUUGUUCAAGAAAUUGGCAAAUAUUGAGCCGACGCUGGAAGAUUUAAAAGAACUCUGUCCUACACUUGGACGUAAUCUUCAAAAUAUACUGUAUGAACGCCGUGAUGACAUCUUUAAAACCAUGAUGUUGGAUUUCACGAUAGUAGAAAAGUGUAAAGGAUCCAUAUCUGAGGUUAACUUGAAAGAAAACGGUGCCAACAUACCUGUUACUUCAUACAACAGAAAAGAAUACGUUGAUGCUUACGUGAAUUACAUAUUCAAUGAGUCCGUGAAGAAGCAGUUUGGGGACUUCGUGCGUGGAUUUCAAAGAGGUUGCCCAAGUACAACGUGGAAAAUGUUUCUUCCUGUUGAACUCCACGGUAUCCUGUUUGGAAACACCGCAUAUCAAUGGGACCAAUUAGAAAAGAACGUCAUAUAUAGAGGUUUUGAAGAGUCAGAUGAAACAAUCAAGAACUUUUGGACAGUGUUUUAUGACUUUCCUGAAGAAAGCAAGAAGGAUUUUCUUGCUUUUCUCACAGGAACUGUUCACAUUCCAGGAGAAACGAUGGACAAUUUCUCAAUUACUAUUGUUGACGCAAAUCAAGGAAAUCCAGACCAAUCAUUGCCCAUGGUUCACACUUGCCAUCGAAUUUUGUUUCUUCCUAGAUACACUGAUAAACACAUUCUUAGAAAAAAGUUAUUGGAUGCUAUAGAAAACUUCAGGGACUUUGGCCUGGCUUGAAAGCCAGAUGUGGCCUUUAUUCUGCUAUGAUACUUGGACAUUUGGUUCUUACGCCCAGGAGGGCUGGAAUAUUUAAAUUCAGCAUCCCGCAUCACCAUGCAGCUUCCUUAGUGAUCUUGGACUAGUGCAUCACAUGAUGAUAAAAGGAGCAAUGAGCCUUUGUGCAGACCAGUGAUUCUUGAAGAAAGAAAGAAUAAAUAAAUGGUUAUGUAACCCCGA